UCAGCAGCAGCAGCCUCAGGUGCAUCUUCAAACGGAAGCGAUAACAACGGAGGAAACAAUGUUAACAAUGGAUCAUCAAGCUCAGCAGCAGCAUCAUCAGCAGCAGCAGCCUCAGGUGCAUCUUCAAACGGAAGCGAUAACAACGGAGGAAACAAUGGUAACAAUGGAUCAUCAAGCUCAGCAGCAGCAUCAUCAGCAGCAGCAGCCUCAGGUGCAUCUUCAAACGGAAGCGAUAACAACGGAGGAAACAAUGGUAACAAUGGAUCAUCAAGCUCAGCAGCAGCAUCAUCAGCAGCAGCAGCCUCAGGUGCAUCUUCAAACGGAAGCGAUAACAACGGAGGAAACAAUGUUAACAAUGGAUCAUCAAGCUCAGCAGCAGCAUCAUCAGCAGCAGCAGCCUCAGGUGCAUCUUCAAACGGAAGCGAUAACAACGGAGGAAACAAUGGUAACAAUGGAUCAUCAAGCUCAGCAGCAGAAUCAUCAGCAGCAGCAGCCUCAGGUGCAUCUUCAAACGGAAGCGAUAACAACGGAGGAAACAAUGGUAACAAUGGAUCAUCAAGCUCAGCAGCAGCAUCAUCAGCAGCAGCAGCCUCAGGUGCAUCUUCAAACGGCAGCAGCAAAAACGCAGGAAACAGCGGUAACAAUGGAGCAUCUAGUUCAGCAGCAGGUUCAGCUUCUAACGGUAGCAACAAAAACGGAAAUGCUGGUAACAAUUCAGGAGCAAGUUCAGCAGCAGGAUCAUCAAAUGGUAGUGGACAAAAAGUGAACAAUUCAGGAUCGAGCACAACAGCAGGGUCUGGUAACAAUGGAGGAAACGGGCAAAAAAGUGGCCAGGCAGUUUCAAAUGGAUCUGCAGCAUCAUCAGCAGCAGCUGCUUCAGCUGGCAAUGGAAAUGCGAAGAAAGGUGGUAAACAAGGAAAUGGUAAAGGCAAUGCAGCAGCAGCCGCCGCAGCUGCAGCAAGCUCAUCAUCUGGAAAUGGGUCAAAAUCUGGUAAAAAUCCAUCUAAGCAAGGAAUAAUUCCAGCCAUGAUGUCCAAAAUUCCAGUUACUAUGCCUUUGACAGUUUCUCUGUUCUAAAGUAUUGACUAAUACAUUGCGUAUUUAAUGUUGUACGCUUAUAGAAUCAAAAAUAAAGAGAAUUUAGCGUAAAA